AUGGGCUGGUGGAAAGCAGAUCCCGGCCCAGAGCCUCAAGCGACGACACCCGCGGCGUCUUCAAUUCCUCCUCAUGAUCAUCAAUUCAACCACCACCACCCACAGAGUCCCUCGACAGACUCCUCUCCAGCCUGUCCCGUCGACCACAAGACUCGAGAACUAUGGCUUCAGCAGGCCCAGCAGAUGAAAAAUCCACAAUCACAACAAGGAGAAGCACACUCGCGCGCACACUCGCGCGCACACCCGACACAGCCUGGCCUGCCGGCCUCGCAUCCUCCGCUCCCCAGGCCGGCAACGAUAUCCUCUCAAGAAUGCUCCUCAGACCGUAUAUCUCAAGAUUCUAGCCCGGAGGAGACCGUCUCGGGCUACCAACCCGCACGACCCCUCUCACACGGGCGUGUGAUCUCUUCCAUCCCGCGAGCCUUUCCCCAAUCCACCCAAGAACCCUCCCCGACACCGACGACGACAACAACAAACACACCAGCAAACGCCGAGUCCGAGACGGGCGCCUCCGCGAGCGGCAACUGGAUCUACCCGUCGGAGCACCAGUUCUUCCAGGCGGUGAUGCGCAAACAGACGCUGUCGUCGUCGAACCCGACCGACCUGGCCACGUCCAUCUCCGCCAUCAUCCCGAUCCACAACGCCGUCAACGAGCAGGCCUGGGUGCUGAUCAAGCGGUGGGAAAGGGGCACCUCGGACGCGUGCGGCGGGCCCAAACUGCUCUCCUUUCAGGGCCUAGGCGCCGGAGCCAAGUCCCCCAAGGCGAGAUGGAACUCGCUCUGGGGCUACACCGAGCCCUUUGACCGGCACGACUGGGUCGUUCAGCGGUGCGACGGGAGCAAGGUCGAGUACGUCAUUGAUUUCUACCAGGGCAAGGCCCUCGAAGGCAAGACUGGAAAGCAAGGCAAUAACGCCUUGAAUUUCUACCUCGACGUACGGCCAAAGCUAAAUACCGUCGAGGGAUGGAGGAUGAGAGCGGAACAGCUGCUCGGUAUGAGAUGA